GUGAGACCAAAUAUUGCUUACGAGGACGCGCUUGACUUCGGCAAACUUUCUUGUACGUUUUGCUUGACCCAUGGUGGGCUAACGAUGGUGUUGUGGUGGUCGCAGGAGAGAUUAAGAUGGUAGUUUCCUUGUGUUUUAAGUUGGCAGUACUUGUCGCGGCAAUCGUAAGAGAGGACCUAGGGAAGCUACAAUGGACUUCUGGUGACGGGGGGCGGAUGGUAAGGCUCAGGGUUGUGGUGCAAUGCGAUCUGCUCCCUCUCUCUCUCUGUCUCUGUCUCUCUCACACUAUGGCACUUGUCGGUGUUGAGCCCGCUCAAUGCUCGAUGCGGGAUGAGUUCGCCUCUGUGAACUUUUAAGUGGAGCUGUCGGAAGAACAGAGAAGCCGGAGCUUAUCGGACAUGAUUACCCCCGCCACGCUAGCUUGAUAGCGCACUCAGUAGAUCUCCAGGGUCCCGGAUUUAACUUAC